AUGACGUUCACGACCGAGACGGACAAGACCGGUGAAUCAGACACGUCUGACAACAGCUCCGUCCCACUGACCCAGAGCUCUGCCUUCGGCUCAGACCACUCCUGGACUGCAUUGCAGAAGGCGGCCCAGGGAAUUGCAUCUGCGUGGCACAUCGUGGCAAAGGAGCUGUCCCAGAAAAACUUGGACGAGUUCAACUCGAACUGCCACCAACUGCUUGCGGAGUGUGGGCGGUGGUGCCACAAAGUCACUGGUCACCCUUGUGACCCUUGUCUCUUCGGAGACAUCACGGAGCUGCUGGCCAGCCCCUGGCUUCGAGAUGGCAUGACGUAUGCGGAGAAGCUUGCUUCAGGAAGAGCCACUCGCAUGGUAGAUACCAUGGCAUGCAAGCUGCACGGGGCAAAUUGUUCCAUCCGCAAGAGACCCGUGUUUGAUGUCAGUGGGCUGCCAUGCCCGGAUAUGAGUCAAGCCGGCAAGCGAUUGAAGCGGGAUGGACCUACGAACGGUGUCUACAUAGCACAUGGACGUUGGGUGACUGACAACCAAACACCCUUGCUCCUUGUGGAAUGCACGCCAGCUCUGGACAUGGGGAUGCUGGAGGACACGCACCCGGACCACGACUUCUACCAGCUGUUUUCCGAGCCAGCCGAUGUUGGGUUCAGUGGCCUGGCAAGGUCUCGCACGUGGGUGAUUGGAUCCCAUAGAGACCGUGGGACAUGCCUUUACGACCCUUUUGACCUGCAGCGCAUGCUUAGCACUGCUUUUCAGAAGCACAUAAGCGCAAAUGUGCACGACUUCUUGGUAGCAUCACGCACUGAGAUUCAGAUGGAGGCUUAUGAGCGUGCCAGUCGAAAGGGGACGGGCUAUCAGUUGGGCCAAGCGGAUCUGCAGUACCUCUUGAACGACAGGGAAAAUUCGUGCAGGCAGGCCUUGGAUGCGAAGUAUCUGGAUCGCUACAAGCAGCUCCCGUGGCAGAACCCAAACUUGGUUUACUACCUAGGUGACUCUGACACUUACUGCACCUGGUCAGCAUGCACGAGUAAGAUUCCGACCUACCGUCUGGGUGCCCGAUCUGCCGUUUACUGGUUGCCCAGUCAGAAGCGCUGGCUUACUGCGAAGGAGCGAUUGUGUUCGAUGGGUUACCCUUGCAUCCCAGAAAUCGCGGAGGCCAUGAAGGUUCCCACAAUGGGGGCAACCGAUGUUCGGCGUGCUGCAGACAUUUGUGGGAACAGUAUGCACUUUACCACAUGUGGCAUCAUGCAGUUGAUCGCACUUGCAUGCUUUGGCCCCAAAGAUGUGAGUCGGCAUAUUUCAACUCAUUGUUGUUGA